UGUUUGAUUCCCCUGAAAACUUUGUUUCGUGAUACUUUAAUGAAAAUAAUUCCUCUGUUCAUAAGAUUAAUAAGCUUCUGAAAUGACGGACAUUGAGGACACUACAAUCUUUACGGAAUGUUGUCGAACCUGCAUGGCCAAUUCAGCAACUAAUAUGAUUAAUAUUUUUGCUGUUAAAAACUCAGUGAGUCCAGCUGAUAUAAUAACAACUUGUACUUCAAUUAAGAUAAGCUAUACAGAUGUAUUACCGAAGAAUAUUUGUGAUAGUUGUUACAAAUCUUUAAUAAACUUUUAUGAGUUUAAAAAACAUGCUGAAGAAGUUGAUUUUAAAUUUCACACCAAAGAAAUAGAACAUGAGACAGUUGAAAUAAAAUUUGAAGAACCUCAACAUUUAGAUAUUAAAGUUGAGUCUGAACAGGAAUGUGCUCAGGAUUCAACAUAUGAAUGCAGUAUGACUUCAGAAUCAUUCCAGGAAUUGUCAAAUGUACAACAUAAUACAAAACAAUUACAUAAAUGUGAUAUUUGUGACAAAGAAUUUACAAAAAAAUCAAAACUAAAGAGACACGAACGCACACAUGAAAAUUUUUCAUACACUUGCAAUUUGUGCUCGGAAACAUUCAAAUACCAUUCCACGUACGUAAAGCAUUUAGUUCAACACAAUCAAGUAAAUAAAGUAGAAACUGUAGACCAAAAUGAGAACCAAAGCUUUGACUGUAAUAUAUGCUUGGCAGGUUUUAAGUCCACGCAAUCAUUAUCCGGGCAUAUGCGUAAACAUAGUAACAAAGCCCGUAUACUUAGUUGUGUGGUAUGCCAGAAAGUAUUUAAGAAAAUGAGUCACUUGAAAAGACAUGAGCUUAUCCAUGAGAUGAAUAGGCCUUACAAGUGUUCUAUUUGUCCGAGGACAUUUACUUCAGAAAUUAUUUAUAAGGAACAUGAGAACAAGCAUGCGGGUGUGAAGAGUCAUGUUUGUCCAUUCUGUUCUAAGGCAUUUUCACAUUUAUCAACACUGAAUACACAUGUAAAAAUACAUACCAAAGAGAAGUCAUAUUUGUGUCCAUUCUGUGGAAAGAAAUUUGACUCUAAUACCAAUCUAAAUGAACACACAAAGAGGCAUAUAGGUUUGAAGCUGUUUGCUUGCAGUUUGUGUCCCAAACGAUUUGUCAGCAAAGGUGAACUAAAGUCCCACGGCACCACACAUUCCGGUGAACGGGCGUACACUUGCGAGCAGUGUGGAGGGUCCUUUACCAAGCGCAGUUCAUUGGCCAAACAUAUGUUGAGGCAUCGUGGCAUCAAGCCACACCAGUGCGACGCCUGUCCCAUGAAGUUCACAAGCAAGGACCACCUUAAGCGUCACUACAGAAUACACACUGGUGAGAAGCCGUACCGCUGCGAGCUGUGCGAUCGCGCGUUUACACAGAGCAACGACCUUGCCAAACACAGACGGACUCAUCUCGGCAACAUGCUCUACAAGUGUGCGCAAUGUCCAGAAAGUUUCCGUCUAAAGGCUGAACUCCAGAAUCACAUCUCGCAACACUUCGCGACACAACUAGCAUCUGUGGUUGGCAACUUAGAGUCGAAGGAAAAGCCUGUCCAAGACUACACGAGGGAAAUUCGAGAGAUGAAUGACGUGGGAGGGAAAUGUGAUGAUUUUGUUACUAAAGAUAUUUAAAACGAUACAAUGGGUUCAAGUGAUCAUUGAAAGCAUUCCUCAAAAAAUUAUACAGUAUGUUUCCUAUACAAACAAGAUUUUUCUAAAGAUUUCUUUUAAUAGGAGAUUUUUUUUAUAAAAAAGAGAUUUAACAAAUACGUCAUCCAUUACUUUUAUUAUAUAUUUUUCUGCUUAAAAUAGCAAUUGUGAAAUCGCUCUUUGGGAACCAUAGAAGCACUAUACAAAAUCAUUUGUGAUUCAAAAUCCUUUAAAAAAUCGAACUGUCACUAUUUAAAUGUGUAGACAUUUUGUAUAGUGCCAAUGGUUGUCAAGAAGCGAAAUAGUAAAGAUGUCCUUAUUUUAUUUUGGCCUUCUAAAGUUCAAAUUGUUUAAACCCUUUGAAUGGUGCGUGUCGUGUGCCGCGUUUUCAUGAACCUUGCCCUAAUGCUGGAAGGUUGACAUUGGGCUGCACAGCCGCGCGCGUCAGUUGACGUCUUAAACGGUCAAAUUUUUCCUAUGGACACAAUAAAUAAUAGUCCUAGGUACAGAAGGUUCACUCUCAAAUAAAACGCGUCUAUUACUACAGAUAUGACCGCAAGGUAGCGCAAGCGCUAGCAGGCGUCCGUUCCGUAGCGGUGCGUGGCAAUUACUAUGGCUAGACACCAAAAUUGGUGUGCGCCGCGCGGGGCCGCAUGUACUUGUAGCGACGCGACGAAAUCGCGGAGUGAGCCACGACUGCUAUGUACCUAAAUACCCUGGUACACAUUUAAGAUUGUUGCUAAAGAAAUAAGAGUUAAGUUAAAAUAAUUAUAAGUUUAUAUAGUUUACACAAAACUAGUAAUAAAACUCGUUAACCUUCA